GAGGAAUACAUGAAAGCGAUGGGUUUGUCGCAGUGGGUGCAUUGGAUCGCGUUUUUUAUCGUCAACUUCACGAAGUUACUCUUCUCAGUUGUCAUCACGUCAAUCCUACUUCACUUCGUGACCCUGCAGAGUGAUGCGUCUGUUGCGUUCGUGCUACUCGUUUGCUACUCAUUUAAUGUCAUUUAUUUCGCGUUCGCCAUUUCAACUUUUGCUCAUUCAGGUACCGUUGGAACAUUACUGGCAGCUAUUGGUUGGUUGAUAAUGUUCUUCUGGUUUUCGUUCUUUCACAGUUUCGACAUUGUAUCGCAUUUCUCGUUCAAAGUGCGUAUGCUGAAUGCGUUGAAUCCGAACAUUGCGCUCGGCUUUGGACUGGGGCUCAUCUCACGCUAUGAAACUCAAGGUGUUCAUUUUGUUGUUUUAUUGCGCUCAAUCAUUAUGCGCCAGUUUUAG